GGGGACAUUCGAUUUCUAUCAACUGAAAAAAAUGCCUGAGCCCGCCAAGUCCGCGCCUAAGAAAGGUUCCAAGAAAGCCGUUACCAAAACGGCAGGGAAAGGAGGAAAAAAGCGCAGGAGGUCUAGGAAGGAAAGUUAUGCCAUCUACGUGUAUAAGGUCUUGAAACAAGUGCAUCCUGACACCGGUAUUUCAUCAAAGGCCAUGGGCAUCAUGAACUCCUUUGUCAACGACAUUUUUGAACGCAUUGCUGGGGAGUCUUCCCGUUUGGCUCAUUACAACAAGCGUUCCACCAUCACCUCGAGGGAGAUUCAGACCGCCGUGCGCCUGUUGCUGCCUGGAGAGCUGGCCAAACACGCUGUGUCUGAGGGCACAAAGGCUGUUACGAAGUACACGAGCUCCAAGUGAACUAUCGCAAUGAUGCUCAACCCAAAGGCUCUUUUAAGAGCCAC